GAAUAACGAAUGUCGCCAGUAUUAUAAUAUUACAAAAAAGAAAGUCCCGGAAAAUGUAGAUUAUUGUAUACAUAAUUUAACCAUCUCUAUAUUUGAGUUAUCCUUUAUAACCGAUAGAUGGCAGAAACGUGUUCAGUGUUGCUAAUCACAUGAAGCGAUAUUAAUUGGCGGGAAUUUACUUUGAACAUAACCCUGUAUAACUACAACUUUUUAACAAACCUUUCUUCAUUUCCAACGUAUAAUAGUAUCUGUAGGCGAGUUAUUAUGGCAGAAAUUAGCGAAGAAAAUCUAACAGUAUUAUUGCCUUUAUAUUAUAGAAGAUUGUUUCCACAUAUACCUUUUUACAGAUGGUUGAGCUAUGGAAGUCAGUUGAAGUUCGCAAAACGAGAAAUCUCCUUUACACUUGUGGGAGAUAUCUACAUCCGUUUCCAGUCAUUUGACAACCAGGAAUCUUUUGCAUCUGAGUUACAGAAGCGAUACCCAAUAAAAAUUGACAUUGGCGCUAUAUACUCAAUAAAGCCCAAAGACCGUAGUCCUCUAGUACCAAUGAUACCAUCUGAACGAGAGAUAGUCUUUGAUAUUGACAUGACAGAUUAUGAUGAGGUGCGAACAUGUUGCACAGGAGUGGAUAUAUGCCAAAAAUGUUGGAAAUUCAUGGCAAUUGCAUGUAAAAUUCUGGAUGUAGCUCUGAGGGAGGAUUUUGGAUUUGAACACCUGCUAUGGGUAUUCUCUGGCAGAAGAGGAAUUCAUUGUUGGGUAUCUGAUGAGACAGCGAGAAAAAGUGAUGAAGCUGUUAGAAGUGCUAUUGCAGAUUACUUAAUGGUAGUCAAAGGAGGAGUAAAUGUUUCAAAGAAAGUUCAGUUGCCUGGAGAAAAGAUUCACCAUUCUAUAAUGAGAGCAGUUCAAAUUAUUGAUAUAUACUUCCUGGAUGACAUAGUCAAAGACCAAGACAUUCUUGGAACAGAGGACAGAUUGAACAAUUUUCUGGCAAUAAUUGAUGAUAGUUUGAAACCAAUAUUUAAGAGCCCAAUGAGGAAAGCAGAGGGAUCACUUGAGAGAUGGAAGAUUUUCAAUGAUACUUUCAUAGAUUUGCUGCACAAGAAUCAGAUACCCAAGAAUCUGAAAAACUUGAGGGAAGAAAUAAAGCUGUACUAUGCAUACCCCAGAUUGGACAUAAAUGUAACCAAAGGUCUUAACCAUUUGCUAAAAGCUCCUUUCUGUGUGCAUCCAAAAACUGGGAAGAUCUGUGUACCAUUCAAUCCAAAACUGGUGGAUAAUUUUGAUCCCUGCAAUGUACCUACUUUAAAUUUGCUUGUUGAUGAAAUUAACGCAUAUGACAAGAAAACAAAGGAACAAGAGGAUGCUCUGAUGGAAACAGAUCAAACCACCACCCAGAAGGCAAAAAUUAAGGAUUAUAAAAAAACCAGUCUGCUGAAGGCUGUUACAUUGUUUGAAGAAUUUCUUAGACCACUGGAAAAAGCUGAGAGGCUAAAAAGAUCUGAAAAUGAUAAAUCGAUGGACUUCUAGGAAUAGCUGUUAGGGCAUUAAAUUAUAUCUUUAUUAAUCUAAUAAAUAUUUUUUUAUUAAAAACAUUAAGUAUUC